CUCACAGAGUCCGUGCUCUCUGAAGCAGCGGCUGAAAGCAAAAGGAAACACCGCAGUUUUGAGCUCAGGAGUUGUCAGACUACUUUUAAUACAGUUGGAGUGGACACUUGCAAUUUUCGAGGAUGUUUUCAAUCGGGGAGACGAUAGAGUUUCUAAUGGGAAACCCCUUUUCAACGCCCGUCGGUCAGAGAAUCGAGCGAGCGACCAGCGGCUCUCUACAGUCAGAGGACUGGGGGCUCAACAUGGAGAUAUGUGACAUCAUCAACGAGACAGAUGAGGGGCCAAGAGACGCUGUCAAGGCUAUUAAGAAGAGAAUUGUUGGAAACAAGAACUUCAGAGAGAUCAUGUUGGCCCUUACUGUUCUUGAGACCUGUGUGAAGAACUGUGGCCAACGCUUCCACAUUCUUGUGGCAUCGCAGGAGUUUGUUGAAGGAGUUUUGGUCCGCUCCAUUCUGCCCAAAUACAACCCUCCCACUGCCCUCCAUGACAGGGUGCUCAGCCUCAUACAGUCAUGGGCUGAUGCAUUUCGUAGCACUCCCUCCCUAGCAGGGGUGGUGUACGUAUAUGAUGACCUGAGGAGACGUGGUCUGGAGUUCCCCAUGACAGAUCUGGAUGCUCUGUCCCCCAUCCACACUCCAAAUAGGAGUAUCCCAGAAAAUGGGACUGCUGAGACGACCCCUGCUGCUGCUCCCACACAGCAGUCACAACCACAAGCACCUUCCAGUGUUCCCACUCAGAAUACUUUACCCCCAGUCGAGUCCAGUGAGGAGCCAGCCUCCCUCUCUGCAGAACAGGAACAGAAGCUGCGAAGUGAGCUGGCGCUGGUGAAGGGAAAUCUCACUGUGAUGUCAGAAAUGCUGAAUGAGUUAAUACCUGGACAGAGCAAGCAAGAUGAUACAGAGCUGCUACAGCAACUGUACUCGAUGUGUAAGAGUAUGCAGACUCGAGUGGUGGAGCUCAUCCCCCAGCUGCUGGAUGAAGGGUUUAUUGAAGAGCUGCUCGUGGUCAACGAUGACCUCAACAACGCCUUCAUCCGCUAUGAGAGGUUUGACAGACUGAACAAGGCACAAAUUCCAAAUACUCAACAGAGCUCUACCACAAGCCCGAGCCUCAUCGACCUCAGCCCUGAGCCAUCAACUCUCAGCCAACCUGCUGUCAUCGCAACAACCAGCCAACCAGCAGUCAGUACCGGGGCCAAUCAACAGCAAUCAGCCAACCACAAAGAGGAGGAGGAGUUUGACAUGUUUGCCCAGACGAGAGGCAGCUCCCUGGCUGAGCAGAGGAAAAGUGUUAGGUAUGAGGACCCGGGAGCUGUGGAGGGCCUUGCUGGAGCUCUGGAUACAAGGUUGCAGGUCACAGGAGGGAUGCCACCAGCGAAAAACUCUCUGCAGAAUGAUGUUGACAAAUGGUUAACUUGUGAUAUGGAAGACCAUUCUUCAGUUAGUGAAGGAGUGUCCAGUGAAGAUUUUGAUAAGUUUCUGGAAGAUCGGGCGAAGGCGGCAGACCAAGGUGGGCAGGCAGUUCGCAGCGGGCCACCCUCUACAUCCAGACCACCGCCACAGUCUACCCGGCAACAGGACCGAUCACAUGACCAGCUUUUUUCACUUUGAGUUUGAGGAGAAACAAGAGAAGUGGGUGGAUGUAGAGGUCAACACACACGCGCAAUCAUAUUAAAAUACCUACAAUCACACACAUGCUACCAGGAUCACACACAUGCUACCAUGGACCCUAUUUUCAUUGUAUGUCCAUUAAAAUUGUUUUUGCCACUGACAGGCUCCGAUUGUUAUUUUAAGUGUCUGGAAGCAUUACGGAAAGGAUCCUACAGAGAAAUUUAUUGUUUCUAAGCACCUUUUUGCUGGUCUGUUUAUUAUUUGUUUAUUAGUUUCAUUCUGAAAUGUCGCAAUGUUGCAAAAAGAAGUGGUGAAAACAUUUGUGAAAGUUGGAGAAAGGAGUGCUGGGAAGAGUUUGUUGUAUUGGAGUACAAAAAGUGUAGGUUAGUGAGAGAUUUUCAAUGUCAUGGCUAAUUAUUUAGCUGAUUUCAACUAUGUUAAAAAGCCCCUCGGGAUUUCAGAUUUUUAGCAAGACUUGGUUACACAAACUAACAAACAGACUGAUUCAGCGAAAGGUAUGGAGAAACAUUUAAUUUCUCUGUAGGGUCCUUUCCCUAAAGUUGUGAGACACUUCUAAACAGGGAUGGGCAUGAGUACUUGAGAACUCCAUUUGGACGUCCGUUAAAUGUGUAAUCACCACCCAACCUCCCUCAUGUAAACAUGACUUUAAUAUGUAUUUUUGGGCUAUUUAAAAUGGAUAAAGUCUUCUUUAAUUUAUUUCAUUGUAUAGCUGCAUGCAGUGUUUUGCCUUGCUUGGCACCUCCUUGCCUGACUGUUGCUCUCCCUGUUUAUCAUGAGACUACUGCUGCAGGAGUGUGAGCUCCGCACCAGGGAACAGUUGAUGAGUCUACACACAGUGACAGGGCUUACUGUUAGGAUCACACGGCUAACAUUACUGGUUCUUAGUGGGUUAAAUUUUAGAGUUGAGUUGUUUCAGUGUCGGUGUGAGUUUAUUGGGACUGUUGAACAGCUUGAUGUCGGCUAUUAGCAGCUCCUGCUGUGUUAGCUCAUGCUAACCAGGCAGAUAGAAAACUGACUGGGAGGAGAGGGGCUCUGAACUCCAGAGACAGUCCUUAAGUGCUGCGUCUAAACUGUGUAAUAGCAGAGACGGAAAGUUUGCUGACUUUUCCUUAUCUUAUAUGAUUUUGAAUAUAUGGUUUAGUAGGUUAACUGAAGCCUGACUAUUGAAAUUUUCCAUUAUUAGCCAAUUUACAUUCCUAUUAUUACAUUAGAUUUUUUGUGUUGUUUGUUUGUAAUUACUUUGUAAUAAUUUAAUACAAGUACUUGAAUAUGGAAAUUGCUUAAAAUGCCCAUUGCUACUUUUAAUCACAAUCUGGAAUGUCAGUGGCUAAAAAAUAAGAACUUUUAAUUAAUGCACAAUUACCUGUAGGGAUUGAAUUGCAGCCUUUUUUGAUGUUACGGCUGCAGCGGUCUCUCAAUACUGGACCAGUUUCAAAAAUUGUUGUCUCCUUUAGUCACUUAGACAGAAAAACAUGGGAAAAUAGGGACCAUUUUGAAAACAUACCAGAAUUUCCCUUGAAGUCAGGUUUUCUCUGAAAGCACACACACAAUACAACCUGACACUACAGACCUGCUGCCUAAUCAACUCACUGUAUAAAUGCAAUAUUUCUCCAAUAAUUCCUGCUGUUUGUAAUCUUUAUGUAAGUAUAAAUACCUUUGUGACUGUAUUUAUGAAAUGUAUUAUUAUAAUGGUGAUGUAAACAAAAAUGAUAUUAGAACAAGUGUUUACAGUUAAGUAUGAAGUUAAAAAUAUAUUUGAUAUUACGCCAUCAUGUGCCUUUGACCCAGACAGCUGAUUUUGUGUAGAUGAGAAUAAAAUGGGGUUAUUGUCCUGCAAA